ACUUAUUUUCCCAAAUUUAUCUUUUCUGAUAAAUAGAUCACAUUACCAGUUAUUAUGGAAACAUGAUCCCAAAUGUUCAGUAAUGGGAGAAAAAUUAAAUUGCAGUUAUUGUAAACUUGAGUUUUAUGGACUAAAGGCUGUAUACACAAUGUGUGCAAAUAUUUGAUGGAUGAAUAAGAGAAAUAGUAGUUUUCAAAAUAGUUAAUAUUCUGAGAAAAUGCAUAUUGUAUAUGGAAAAAAAAUUAGAGCAUUAACUUGCCUAGGGAAAAUGAUCCUAGUUUUGUAUGAACUUAUAAAAAUGGCAAAAAAAUAAUGAGUAUUAAUAUCUUGCUGUCAGCCCUAGGCAAUGUGAGCUAGAAUUGCAGUUUAUUAUUUUCUUCAAGGCGAUUUUCUGAAAUUUACAGAAUUCAUUUGAAAUAGAGAAAAAGUAAAAGAAAAAAAUAAAAGGUGAGAAAUCCUUAAGAAGUAAAGUCCUGUAAUAACCAGUAAGGGAAAAUUAUAUAGAGAUUGGGUCAAGAUGGCAGACUGAUGACAUUUCUCCCUUCCUACUGCAAAUCCUUGUAAAUGACAGGAAACGCAUGUUUAUGUAUAAAGAAUAACUACAUAAGGUAUUGGAGGGAAAAAAAAAGACAAAUUCCUGGAAGAUGGAAAGCAGAUGGAGCGGGGGCACUGACAGGUUGGAGGUGGAGGUGAGCACAAGAGUUUAGGGCCCUGAAUUGGAGAGGAGGAGGAGGUGGCAAUGGAGGGGAGGGGUAUAGGCCUAGCAGCUACACAUUUGGGAAAGGGGCGGGAUCUGAAGAACAGGAGGACCUCCCAGGCUCAAGGCAGUGGUGGGCUCGAGAAGUGAGGUGGGGCAGGCAGUGUUUGGCAGGAAGGGGAGGCUUCUCCCCUGGCAGGAAGCUGCGCUACGGAAGGAGGGAGGAGACUGCUGCAGCAGUAGCUACUGGUGGGAGCCUAAUGUGGCAGAGGGGCUGCCGACACCAACACGGAGGCUGAGGGCCCCCAAAAGGAGUGCUGGAGGUACCACCGCCAUCCUCCUCGCCCACCCCUCUGCCCUCCUGACGCGAUCCUCGCCUACGGGGGGUCUUCCCCUCCCAGCACUUGCAAGCUGCCGGCUCAUCGCCUGCCAAUCCUCCUUGGACACAGGCUCACCGCAAAAGAAGCUGCGAGGUGUCCGAUUUGGGCACUUGAGGCCCUAGAUCCGGGGCGGUGGACGCCAGGCAAGACAUGAAAACCGCCAACUCACAGGAGGCCGAAGGGCAACAAACCAGGGCAGUUGCAGGACGGGCCACUGGGUGUGCAAACAUGACGAAGAAAAAAGCCUCCCAAAAGAAGCAGAGAGGCAGACCUUCGUCCCAGCCCCGCAGGAACAUCGUGGGCUGCAGAAUUUCACACGGGUGGAAGGAAGGCGAUGAGCCCAUCACCCAGUGGAAAGGAACCGUUCUGGAUCAGGUGCCUAUAAAUCCUUCUCUUUAUCUGGUGAAAUAUGAUGGAAUUGACUGUGUCUAUGGACUGGAACUUCACAGAGAUGAAAGAGUUUUGUCUCUUAAAAUUCUUUCUGACAGGGUGGCAUCAUCUCAAGUCAGUGAUGCAAACCUUGCAAAUACCAUAAUUGGUAAAGCUGUGGAACAUAUGUUUGAGGGUGAGCAUGGUUCUAAGGAUGAAUGGAGAGGAAUGGUCUUAGCCCAAGCACCUAUCAUGAAAGCCUGGUUUUAUAUUACCUAUGAGAAAGAUCCUGUCUUGUACAUGUACCAGCUUCUAGAUGAUUAUAAAGAAGGAGACCUCCGUAUCAUGCCAGAGUCCAGUGAGUCUCCUCCAGCAGAGAGGGAGCCAGGAGGAGUUGUAGAUGGCCUGAUAGGUAAACAUGUGGAGUAUACCAAAGAAGAUGGCUCCAAACGGAUCGGCAUGGUCAUUCACCAAGUGGAAGCCAAACCUUCUGUGUAUUUCAUCAAGUUUGAUGAUGAUUUCCAUAUCUAUGUCUAUGAUUUGGUGAAAAAGUCCUAACUGUUAGGGUGAACUUUGCCACAUUUGUGGAAACAAGUGUGUACUUUGUAGACAUGCAAAAUAAUGUUACUUUUCAGUGUAUCGAAAGCUUAAGGGUCCCUGUUAAUUCGACAUCUUUGCCAGCAUAACUAUUGUUUUGUUCUGAAAAAUACAAAUUUGUGUGGACAUGA